ACCGAGAGAGGAAAAGGACAGGGCCAGGUUUCCUCCAAACAACAUUUUGAUGACGCUAGCAGGGGCAGGACUGGUUUGGAUGGGAUGGACGGGGUUCAACGGUGGAGCACCUUACGCCGCCAGCACAGACGCAUCUCUAGCCGCACUGAACACGCACGUAUGUGCUGCUACAAGCUUGCUCACUUGGAUCACACUCGACACCUUCAUCUUUGGCAAACCUUCUGUCAUUGGUGCUGUACAAGGCAUCAUCACUGGCCUUGUUUGCAUCACUCCUGCUGCUGGAGUGGUGCAAUGCUGGGCAGCCAUACUGAUGGGCAUAAUCUCAGGAAGUGUUCCCUGGUACACGAUGAUGGUCCUCCAUGACAAGAUCAAGCUACUGAGACAUGUAGACGACACAAUGGGCAUGUUUCAUACUCACGCCAUUGCUGGAAGCUUGGGUGGCAUUCUCACAGGCUUUUUCGCAGUACCCAAAUUGAGUCGCCUUUUUUACAUGGUUCCCGACUGGGACAAAUACAUUGGCCUUGCUUAUGGCCUCCAGAGUGGCCGAACUUCUGCUGGCUUUCGACAAAUGGCGGUUCAACUUGCAGGAGUUGCUUUCAUUGUGUGUCUCAACAUUGUUAGCACGAGUUUGAUUUGUUUGUUCAUCAAGUUGAUCGUUCCGCUUAGAAUGAGUGAUGAGGAAUUGAAAAUUGGAGAUGAUGAGAUACAUGGAGAGCAAGCUUAUGCAUUGUGGGCUGAUGGGUGGAGGUUUGAGAAUUCCAAGCAUAAUUCUGUUUACGAUGCUGAAGAGUUUCCAUCAUCAGUUAUGGAAAAGACUCCCAGACAUGAUCUGCAAAUGGUUUGAUACUUCCUUCAGUAAAAUGUUGCCAUCAUCACUGACUAAAAAAAUUAAAAAAAUAAAAAUAAAAAAGAAACCAUAGUUCCUUAAUCUCAAAAUACUGUACUACUCGAAAACUAGUCUAUUUUCCUUCCAUGAUGAUCUCAUUUAUAAAUACAUGUAGGCAGGG